AUGACUAUUAAAAAACUUGUAUUAUUUUGUGGCACUUUUGUCGAUACCCCCGAGUUGGGGACUUUAAGAGUAAGAAUAAACACCACCAUUGGUGUAUCCCUUAUGAUCGGCAACAAUAACAAUCAUAAAAAAGGAGAGAUAAAAUUUAUUCGAGAAAAUUCACCUAAUUAUGAUAUAAACCCCAUUUUAGAUGCCUUAGAAUAUGAUCCUACUUUACAUACGUCUGAGAUUGAAGUAAUAAAUUUACAACCUGGCACUGACUGGUUGAAUGGUACAAGAUUUUAUUUCCCUGGAUUUAUUGACACACAUUGCCAUGCUAGUCAAUACCCCAACUCAGGUAUUUUUGGGUCUUCCACUUUAUUAGAUUGGUUGGAGAAGUACACCUUCCCAUUAGAAGCAUCUUUAAAAGAGUAUAAACUGGCUUUUAAUGUUUAUAGUAAAGCCGUACAGAGAACUAUUACCAAUGGUACUACAUGUUGUUCCUAUUAUGCUACAAUAGAUCCCAAUUCCACUAAUUUAUUGGCCGAUAUUUGCAAUCGUCUAGGUCAACGUGCAUUUAUCGGAAAAGUUUGUAUGGAUCGAAAUUGUCCUUCAUACUAUAAAGAACACAAUGUACAGGAAUGUAUGGACAAUAUGGAUAUUGUAUUGAAUCACAUUUCCGAUGAAAUUCAAAAUGAUAGAAUAAAACCUAUCAUAACACCAAGAUUUGCUCCAACUUGCUCUCAGGAAAUGUUAACCUAUUUGGGCGAACUUGUUAAAAAACACCGUUUGCAUGUUCAGACCCAUUUGUCAGAGAAUGUCGAGGAGGUAAAAUGGGUUCUUCAAUUGUUUCCAGAUUGCAAAACCUAUACUGAUGUUUAUCAAAAAUUUGGAUUAUUGUCUGAGAAAACAGUUUUGGCUCAUUGUAUACACUUGUCUGAGCCAGAGUUAAAAGUUUUGCGAGAAACAGGCAGCGGUGUAUCGCACUGUCCUAUAAGUAACAGUUCAAUUACUUCAGGCGAGUGUAGGGUACGCUGGCUUUUAGAUAAUGGCAUUGAUGUCAGUUUAGGUACUGAUAUUUCUGGUGGAUUCAGUAGUAGUAUUCUAAAUACCGCAAGACAAGCACAUUUAGUGUCAAGACAUGUAGCUAUGAAACAAAAAGAAAAUAAGGAUUAUUAUAAACUAAACGUGAACGAAUGUUUAUACAUAGCAACAAUGGGCGGCGCCAAAGUGUUGGAUUUGCAGGACGCUAUCGGUAGUUUUGACGUUGGCAAGCAGUUUGAUGCGCAGCUAGUUGAUUUAAAUACCAUAGGAUCAAAUGUUGAUGUUUUUGAGUGGCAACUAACAGAUCUAAAUGACCGCAACAAUGAGAAAAAAAAUAUGGAGCUUUUUCAUGAUAUUAUAGCCAAAUGGUUUUUCAAUGGUGAUAGGUUUAAUACAGCUAGAGUUUGGGUUUCAGGUCAAUUAAUACAUAGUAUAUAA